AUAAUAUAAUAAGCACUUAUGACAAAUUUUUUAUCUGAACAAGUCCUCGUAAGCGCACAAGUUCGAAUUACACCGAGAGUUACACGUCGAUAAUAUCGCGUUACGAUGGCUGAAAAUUCGAAAACCGUCAUCAACAUAAUAGAAAAUCCUCAAAUCGAUCAUCAAAAGAACACUAAAAAUGGCGACUGCGUACCCGAAGCACCUCAUUUGGGUAAUGGAGCUAUUAAGGAAAUCCCCGAAGAACCAGAGUCGUCCCUCGAUGAAGCGGAAAAAGAAGACGGUAAAGUAGAAGAAAAUUCAAACGUGGCAGAAAAUGAAGAAACUCCAAGCCCGAGUACUGAGGAUAUUGAAGUUAGGCAAGAUAAACCACAUUCGCAUAUCAUUAACGAGGUAAUUAAGGAAGAAAUAGAAGUAACUGAAACGUUUUUAGAGGAGGAAAGCGAAUCGUCCAAAAUUAACCAAGAGGCCGAAGAAGGUGAUAAUGAAAUUACCAGAAGCUUCGAAGUUAUACAAGUCAAAGAAAACUUCAACGAUUCGAAAGAAUUAAAAGCAGACGAAAUCAUAACACUUCAAGAGGUGGCAAUUUUACCUCUAAAAGAAGAACCAACUCGACCUUCAUUAUCACGAGCCCAACAAAAAUCCCAACUCAUAACCUGGGAUAUCAAAAAGACAGUAUUUUUUUACUUCUUUCUAUUCGCCUUCGUGGUCUGGAUCGUAGCAUACUACGCCUUCGAUACAGGUUUAAUACCUAACGAUAAGAAAAAAUGACCUAGAAAAAGGUAAAUAUAUCGACACGACUUUUUCAUAUAAAAAGCUUACCUUUUUAAAUUCAAUUUUAUUGCUCAUAUUUUGUUGAAAAAAUUCAAAUCUUUACACAAAUAGUUUUAUCACAUCGUUAUUCAUUAUAACAUAAAAUAGGUAUAAAAAAUGACUUACAAAAAUUUUCAUUAUAAACAAUUUAUAUUGAAUCAAAAAAUCGUAUAAAUGCAUUUUUAAAAUAAUACUUUGUUGCAAUUAUUACAGUACGGAUCAACGAAAGAUUUGAUCAUGAAUAUUUGGGAGCGUCAGAGUUUGUUUUUUUUUUUUAGUGCGGCCAAUAUCGAGUACUGUUUACGAAAUGGAAAGCGUCCGAUAUUUUUCUGUAAUAAAUAACAAAUUUAUUAAUUAAUAUAUCGUAUUGAAUUUUAUAAUAUACGUACAUUAUACUCGUAAAAAUAAACAAUAUCGUUUUCGUA